GCAGCACACACGGGGCUUCGUGUUUCUUAAAGCUUUCUCCCCCCCUCCCUCCUCCCCCAGUAAUCUAACAGGCACAACUUGAAGAGAGUGCACAUUUGUUGGUUGUACACCGUACCGAGUGGUAUCCGUCGUACAUUCGUCGGAGAUUAUCCCAUUUUUUCUUUCUAACCUGCGUUAAUUCCUGAUUCGUUUACCAAAAACGAUUCGCUGCGAAGUGAUUACUACAUUUUUUUAAUUAAAAAUAAAAAAAAUGAAGAGAAAGUGCUAAUUGUUUUAUUACUGUGAUCUGAAAAAAAAAACGGUGGGUGAUUAUUCGCUGGAUAAAUGAAUGGUAAAUAAAGUAAAGAGAACUAAUGUCCGAGUGAUGACUUGAGUGUUCCUCAAUGGGACAGGGCCCGUGCUCACAGGCAGUAGCAACAACGUGUCGGGUCCCCGGUGUUCCCCGUGGGUAAUUGCGCCGGGUAAGGUCGUAAAGAAACGGAAGACAGUUUUAUAGCUGUUUCUUUCCCCACUUGUAACCCACGUGGCGCUCGUAAAGUAACUUCUCCCGACUUCUCGCGGGUUCGGCCUGCCUCUCUAUUAGUCGACGGGACCCUCCUACCCUCGGUCGUUCAUUAUCGAAUCGUUAUAACUGCGGUGGGUCUAACGAGGAUCGUCAAUGUGAUUUAAUCGGUAUUGAAUCGCAUCAAAUUGCCAGUAAAUAACAGUCUUGAGAUGGAUAAACAAUUGGUGCGGGGAUGAUAGAGUGUAGCCUCUGACAAGCUUCUCGAGGUAGAUAACAAAAUAUUGAUGAUAAAGUGCUGAUGUGAAUGACCGGACACCUGUGCGCGUCGUGAUCAAGAGAAUCUCGAUAAACAGUAGUUAAUGAUGAGUUCCUAUCAGUUCGUGAAUUCGUUGGCAUCUUGCUAUGCUGGUCAGCAGGCGCAGCAGCAGCAGCAGCAGCCGUCCCGGCCGACGCCGAAUUCACCGGGUGAACCACUCCAGGCUGCAUCGCCCGCCGGUGGUAAUUACUACAAUCCAAAUGUCGCAGCAGCUGGUUAUCCAACCCCAUGUUACUCACCCCAGCAGCACUAUCCACCGCAUCCUUAUGCAGCACCAGCAAGUGGAAUGCAGCAUCAGCCACCAACCGAGAUGAUCGACUACACCCAACUCCAGCCUCAACCGAGGUUAAAUCCAUCGACGACGACUCAACACAGCAUGCACCAGCAGUCGCAUCAUCCUCAGCAUCAUCCCCAGCCUCAGAUUCACUCGGUGGAUCCAACGAGUCCACUUCUCCAGGGUGCAAGCGCCACGUCAGUACCGUCAACCUCCAGUUGCAAGUACGCGGACUCGACGUCAUCGACUGGUGUUUCAUCCCCCCAGGAUUUGACAACGUCAACAUCACGAAAUAGUCCAACACCACUGGCUGGCACCAGCAAAGCUGGCCCAGGACUCACAUCACCACCCGGUAGCUCAUCCAGGUCAUCAGUGGCUGCUUCAGCAUCAUCUCCACCGAGUGGUAGUUCAAGGGUUGGCGAGGGCAGCUCGACGUUGACAACUGCCUCAUCCGCCUCGUCACCUGCAUCAUCAACAUCGAGUACCUCCAGCACGGGAAAUAAUUCAUCGAAUAAAGGAAAUAGCAGCAGUGGAAAUCCACCGCAGAUUUAUCCCUGGAUGAAGAGAGUACACAUUGGACAGAGUACUGUGAAUGCCAAUGGAGAAACGAAACGUCAGAGGACAUCAUACACAAGGUACCAGACAUUGGAACUUGAGAAGGAGUUUCACUUCAACCGUUACCUCACAAGACGACGACGCAUUGAAAUAGCCCAUGCGCUGUGUCUAACGGAACGUCAAAUAAAAAUAUGGUUUCAAAAUCGUCGAAUGAAGUGGAAGAAGGAGCACAAAAUGGCGAGCAUGAACAUAGUACCAUACCACAUGUCGCCGUAUGGUCAUGCCUACCAGUUUGCACCUCACCCAGGCCAGUUUGCCCAUUUGGCCACAUAGGACGAGUUCUCGCCCGCCGAGCUCGGGGCACAUGCGGUCCGGUUUCCGGGUAUGUACGGCGAACAGAAUUUCUAAAGGCUUUCAAAUGUACAUCCGUCUCACUCGCUUGUACCUGACAACUGAUUGAGAUGAUUGUACUUCACUUCUUGCUAGGCACUAGAUCGAUUUGUCACUUAGUGAUCACCACGUCUCUAUCCAAUUUUGGGAUGAACAGCUAUUCCAGGGUUGACGAUUAGCUGUGGAUAUUUGCUAUCUGUCAGCUCAUCCUCAGUAUUGCUUUUUCCAUUGUCACGUUGAAUGGACAAGAGCUACCGGUGAAAAUCUGUGAUAUAUCCUCUAGUCCUAUUCUAGUCAAAUGACUAUCGCUGAAGAUGAAGGGAAAGCCAAACUUAAGUUAUCCAAGAAAUUCUGAUACAGUUCUAUCACUGUCGCUGUGCACCUGAUCAUUGUAAUUGAGACUGGACUGCGCUCCGAGAGGAUCUCCAUCCCACGCAAUGCAUUUUAUAUCAAAUGAAAUUAAGAUAUACAAAGAUUUUAAAUUAAAACGCAAAAUGCAUCUGCCGGGGAUCCGACUCAGCGGGCGAGAUUAAUGAAUCUCAUUAGUGGUUAAGAUCAUAGAUAUUUAGUGGCUGUCUUGAUUGAUUGAUGAUACAAUCACAUCCGACUGCUGAUUACAAAAUGAAAAUCAUCUCAAAAGUACUUACGUCUUCAACUUCCACUCGUGCGCAAGUAACUCGAUGGCUAAAUUUUCAUACCUCUCAAUUGUUGACAAAAUUUUUAAUUAAAAAUCUGUAAGUCACAUUAAAUGGAGGAGCAGUUGCUCACACGCAAAACAAGAAAAUCGUCUUUGAUUCUUAGAUUUUAAGAUUGCCUGCUAAUGCUCAAAGUGUUCUUGGCCAAAAAAAAAAUAAAAAGAAAACCGAUGCAUCCGAGUUAUAACUCGAUUGUCGAUACCGCGUCCAUUGUAAAUAGUGCACACGUGAUAAAAAUGUCGAUCGAUCGCGAUGCUAGGUUCAAAGAUGAAUGAGGGAUGGCGACUAUUUAUGAAAACCUCCACCGGAAGCCCUUGCGCUUCCUUAUUACGUACGAGAGAUCAUUCAUCUCGAGAUUAAAAAAACCUGAUUGGAUGAUUAAUUAACAAGUGCGUUGUUAGCCAGGUGUGCGUGCACGUGCAUCCGUGCAUAAUUCGAUGUAAUAUCUUGUGAUAUGGGACGAACUAAAAUGAGGAAAUAAUAAUUAAGUAAAUAAUGAAAUGCGUCACUAUGUGUUUAGUUAUGGUUGAUUGAUAUAAAUUGUAAAAGCGAGGAUCGUGCGUUACGAGGAAGCAAAUUCGGAGGCAUACAGGGAUUAAACGAGUAUACGAUUUAAACGGUUAGUGUGAAAAAUUUUAAGACGAUAUUUGUACAUAAAUUAUAAACCAAGAUUUCGAGUGAAUUUAAUUAGUACAUCAAAUUGACCUUUUGUUUAUUAAAAUGUCGAAUAUUCCUCGAUUUCUUAUCACGAAAGUCGUAUUUAAUGAUUGAGUAACGAUUAUUAUUAUUAAAAUAUUAUAUGAUUAUUGAAAUUAUGGAUUAUUAUUGUCAUUACGAUUAUAUUGAGAAUGAGUCUGUUGAUAAUUGACUUGGUCCAGUGUUAAUAUUGUAUUUUAUUUGUUUCGUUAUGGUUUUUUUUUUUCUUUUUUUUUUGUUGUUUUCAUACGCCGCGUGUCGUGAUACACGCUCCGUACCUACGCGAUAAAAUGCCGUGAAAUUACGAGAGAAAAAAAAAAUUAUCAUUCAGUGUGUGUUCUGUUUCUGUAAUGAUUAUUUUCACCAAUGGCGAGCCAAAUAUAUAUCUUUCAUGUUGCGCGAUUCUGAGAGAUUCAUAUUAUUCUGUUAUUGAAUGUGAAUUGUUUUCUCCUCUCGCUCCUCAAAAUGUCGUACAGAAAAUUGUAAAAACAAAUUAAUGACUAUUUUCUUCCUUGCUCGAGGAUAAAAUUUAUUUGAAAAAAAUUGAAGGAAAUUUCCCUUAAAUUAAGCUCAAAGUAUUACGUUCGCGUAGCGUUUUUUCUGAUGAAAUGUUACUUCAUUCCAUGUAAUAUACAUAAAUAGUCUAGCUAAAGGGAAAAAAAAAUAUGAUGAAAAAUAAAAAUUAUCUACUUAUUACGAAAAUACGUAAACCUAGAGCACCGUACACGUGUAAGAAUCGUAUAAUUAUAUAUAAUUUAAAUUGUAAUUAUUAAAUGGUACCUAUGACGUAAA